CCCCAGGACACAUAGCUAGUAAGAGGUGAAGCUAGGAUUGAAACCAGUCUUCUGACUCCAAACGCAACACUGCAUCACUGCCUCCAGUUGUAGCUUCACUCCCAGUUGACUGUGUGAUUCAGCCUUUCGGGUACUUAUAUGGACCCCAUGGACAAUGGAUGUGAAGAUGGUUUAUGGUGCUACUGAAACCACACACACACACACACACACACACACACACACACACACACGUUUCGUUUUCAUGGGUCACACUGGUGGUCACUGAUCUGACGUCUCUGCCCCUCCCAGCCCUCACCACCCAGGGAAGUGGGGAUGAGUAGAGGAAAUGGAACCGGCGUGGGAGGGAAGUGGAGACAAUAUAAAGUCCAGCCUUAGCUGGACCAGUAACAUACCCAAGGAGAGAGACCAACACCAUGAACAGUAGGAAGCCUAGGACAGGAGGCCCCGAGGUCCAGUCUGGCUCACUCAUCUUCCCAAUGCUGCUGACAAUGACGCUGGGCUUGGCCCGGGCCCAGGAUACAGUGCUGCUGUGCCCAGAGACGGCCCUGGAUGUGAUGGUGAAAAGGACAGAGUCUGAGAUGUCGAAUGGGACGCUGAUCCUGUCCUGCAAAGGCUGUAGUCAUUUUGCCCACUCCAGCUUCCUGUACUGGCUGGGGAACCAUUCCUUCAUAGAACAUCUUCCAGGCAAACUACGGGAGGACAAGACUCGGAGGCAGCAACAGAGUGGAGUAACCUGGCUACAGCGAGACCUUGUAUUGGAGGAGCUGAGCCCCACUCUGCAAAGCACCAACUUCUCCUGCGUUCUAGUGGACCCGGCCCAGGUCAUUCAGCACCAUGUGCUCCUGGCCCAGCUUGGGGAACCUGACAUGAGAACAUCCCAAACUCCAAACCUCAGCCACCAGCCGAGGAGUCCCAGUCCAGUCACAUCCCUGACUACUUCCAGACCUGGGGAAGAAUCCCAGGCAGUCACCCCAAUGACAUCCAACCGGCCCUGACCAGUCAAAGCAGCAGAGACAGGACAAGAAGCCUUCACAAUAAAAUGUUAACCCCAGGCGUUGUCUGGUCCUCAUCCUUGGGUCCAAGUCAUCAGAUUCCUCAAAAGGGCCACAGCAGGUGAUAGGUGGUCUCUGAUCUGUUCCUCAGGCCUCAGCCCGAUAGCCCAGCACCCUGAGCUGGCUGACUGGGCGAGGUGGGGAGGGGGUCUGCACACCAACAGAAUCAUGCAAUUUGGAGCUGCUCCUUAAGAGAGCAUCUGUUCAUUGUGCACAUGGGGAAACAGGUGUAGGGAGAAGUGAUUUCUCUGAAAUCCCACUGACAAAAAAGAAUAAUCACAGCUGAACCUCAGGAACUCUACUUCAAAAUCCAAAAAUCUUUCUACUAAACCCUUUAAAACCCAGAGGAAAAGAGCCCUAGAAAUCUGAGAAAAGAGGAGCAAGGGAAACCAAGAAGUGGGGAACCAAUGCUCAGAAGGGGAUGAGCAGGAUCUCAGGGACAGGUGGGGGCAACGCCAGGCAAAGAAAGAACCUGCAGGUGCUUUCACAACCCCUUCUCUGAGUGAAGCAGUCUGGCGGCUUCGCCUGCCCUUGGCAAACACCAGCGGGAGAAGCAGGCGUGGGGGCCCCAGCCAGCACAGGGGAAAAGGGACAAUGUUGAGAAUAAGUAGUUUAAACCUCCCCCCAACCCCAAAGCCAGCCCAGCCCUCAGGGAGAAAAAUAAGACUUUAUUUACAAGUAAUAACAUUUAAAAAAUUCAAACAGAUGACCCCUGACCCUACCCCCCUCCCUUCUACUCCAGGUCCCAUUAUACCCUCCCUAUUCCUUGUCUCUUCAAAAUCUUUAAGGAGCAGGGAAGCAGUUAGUACCCAGAGGAAGGAAGUGUCAUGAUGGGUACCUCUGACUACCCUCUGAACCACAGGAGCAGAGGAUGGGAAAGGGGACACAGCCAUCCAGUCUGUUUCCCCAGGUUCCCCUUAAAACGGGUUCC